AUGGAUUUCCCUGUUGACCCUGACGUCGCGAUCAACGACCAACCUCUUCCUUCAGCUCGUGUCCCCCCUCCCCUUAUCCCGCAAGCUCCAGCUGGCCCUCAGCCUCAGCAACCCGCAGCGCCAUGGCAGGACUAUCAAACUGUGUUCACCAACGCCAAGGCGGGCAUGGAAAGUGUGGAUAAGGGCUAUGACUCGGCCCACUUCCGCAACGAGCAGCGCAAGGCCGCCCAACUGGCGACCCGUAUCAGCCAGUUGAAGGCCAGGUCGGCGGCCAUCACACCCGCAGAGCUGGCGGCGGCAACAAGAGCUGUCGACCAGCGGAUCUCCUCCCUGGAGUGCCGCCGAGAUCUCAGUCGUACAUGGCUACAUGCUGAUAUGGACUGCUUUUACGCUGCCGUACACGAAGCGGAGAGGCCGGAGCUGAAGCGGUUGCCUGUGGCAGUUGGCGGUAUGGACAUGAUCUCAACCGCCAACUACGUAGCGCGCAAGUACGGCGUACGAAGUGCCAUGCCCGGAUUCAUUGGCAAACGGCUAUGUCCCCAGCAUGCUUUCAGCAGGGCCGCCGAGGAGCUCCGAAACCGAGUACGGGAGAGCUGCGGGGGCCUUACGUGCAGCUGUGGGGUGGCACCCAACAAGAUGCUGGCCAAGAUCUGCUCCGACAUUAACAAGCCAGAUGGACAGUACGUACUGCCACCCAGACGUGCCGUCAUCCUGAGCUUCCUGGACACACUUCCGCUCGUGGAGUCCCUGGCUGCAGAUAUGGCGGCUGAGCAGCUGGAGGGUCGUAAUCUGACGCUGAAACUGAAGCUGUCCACUUUUGAGGUCCGCACGCGCGCCGCCACCAUGCCGCGGUACGUCCGUACGGCAUCCGACAUGCUGCCCACCGUACUCCGCCUGCUGCGGGCGGAGGGUCCCCUGGAGCUCCGACUGAUGGGUGUGAGGAUGGCGGCACUGCGCAAG